GGGAAUGUAGCCUCGAGUGUAUUUACCAUUUGAUAGAAAUAUAAUGAGGUUUGUCUCUUGGUUUUUCCUUUCCGUGCAGAGAUUGGUUUUAACAUUUUAUUUAUUUUUGGCCGUUCAACACCUUUCAUUCGGAGGAUUGCCGUCUCAUACACGUACACGUACACUUACACGUACACUUACACUUACAUGUAUAUGUAUAUGAAUCUAUCUCAUCUCAAGUCCACCAAUCAUCUAUACAUUCUAUCGAAGAUGGACGGCUCUUCGCUCAGGGAACUACAGGGGCUUGAUCUCGAAGGUCAAAGCGAAGUCAUCUCAUCUCUACCUCUCAACCUCGCUUUCACGAGCUUUUUCAUCGAGAAUCUAUUCGCCUGGUUUUGGAUGAUUGGGAUUCAAUAUUUUCUUUUCAAAGUAUUGUAUCAGCAUCAAACUCAAAAUCGACCUCGACAUCAAAGUGAAAAAUCCCUCCGACCAUCACGCUCUUCACACUGUGAAAAUCCCACAUCAGAACUCCAAGCACCUUCACCCAGCGAAACAUAUCUCCUCAUCGCCCUCUUCUGGCUCAUUCAUUCUCUCUUCAACGCCCUCCUAGCAACUCUCCUCAAUACCCUCGUAUCCCUCCUCUCCACCCCCGAAACCACAAACACCUAUCUCGAAUGGCGCUCUACAAUCUACAACCUUCACUACUGGACCUUCGGCACCGGUGACCACGAAUCUCACAUUUACGGGUUUGCAAAACUUCUCGUGCUGGAAGUGAUAUUAUCUUGGGUGCUUUCGCAAGCCUUUCAAUGGGUGAUGGAUACGAUGAUUCCGUUUUUGGAGGAGCUGCGCGGAGAUUACGAUGUUCGAGGAGGGUUGAGAAGUGUAGAGAGGAGAACGAGGGAGAUUUAUAAGUUCAUGGGUAUGAUUGAUUGGAGACACGAUUUUGAUUUUUCCCAUUCGCAAUCGUCGAGUGCUUCGCUACUUCAUCAUGAUGAUGCAUCAAUAUCUCCCGACGAAAACCACCAACAGAAGCGCGAGCAAAUCAUCGAGCUUUCUCGCCAACGCAGCGAAAGUCUGAGUGCAGAAAAGGGGACUCAGGAGCGGAAAUUGGAUUGGAAGUUGAUUAUUGAUGCGUCGGCACUUAAUGAGAUGAAGGAGAUGUUGGGGCCGGCGGGGGGGUUUGGGGAGUUGGGGUUUAGUGUUGCGAGGGAUAGGGUGUGUUUGGGGGCGGUGAGUAGGGGGUCGAGUUUUAUGGUUACGUUUGGGUUGGAGGGCGUGCAGGGUGAUGAGGCGGGGGGUAAAGAGGGAGGGAGUGAGGGGAAGAGGGGGGAGAAGAAGGAGAGGAGGAGGGGGACGGAGAUGGGGAGGAAUGGCGUAAGGAUAUAGAGUUAAAGAAUUGAAUUAAAAAUACAAAUAUGAAAGUCUAAUACA